CUGCAGAGCUUACGUGUACUGCCUAUCUCUACUGAAACUGAGCACUGCAUUUGUUGCUAGCGCCUAGAAUCUAUUCCAGAGAUCAGGAGAACGCAUUGGGAGGGGAAUCGCGAAGGUUUUCAAAGAAGGAGAGAUCGCCCUGCAAACAUGGCGCUGAAACUCUACGGGUCGGUGCCUAACGCCAAUGUUUUCAAGGCCCUGAUUGCGGCCGAGUAUGUUGGGGAGUCAAUCGAGUCUGUGCCCGUCGAACUUGGGACACAGAACAAGACGCCAGAGUUCCUCAAGUUGAACCCGGCUGGAAAGGUACCAGUGCUUGUGACACCGCAAGGCCCUAUCUUUGAGAGCAAUGCAAUCGCCAAGUAUGUUUCAAAACUGAGGCCGGCGGUCGAGCUGUACCCUGCCAAGCUGCAAGAUCAGGCUCUUGUGGACCAGUGGGUUGACUUCUCCCAGAAUGAGAUCAGGGGUUACGUCCAGGAAUGGGUGUCCAUGAGGGCAGGCAGGAUGCCCUAUGACAAGACCAGGGAAGGUGCCGUCAAGGGCAAGGCCAUGGAGGGGCUCAAAACGCUCAACAACUACCUCGCAUCCCGCACAUACCUGGUCGGCAACAAGGUGACGGUUGCUGACAUCAUCGUGGCGUGCAACCUGCUUGGUGGCAUCCAGAACGUCCUCACCUCGGGUUUCCUCAAACCCUUCCCCCACGUAACCCGCUACUUCUGGACCCAGGUCAACCAACCAGAGUUCAAGAAGGUAAUCGGUGAGGUCACUCAGGCCGCCAAGGAGAUGCCCGUCUCCGAGAAGCCCGCGGCCGCCCCCAAGGCAGAGAAGAAGAAGGAGGAGCCCAAGCCGAAGAAGGAGGCCGCCCCCGCCCCCGCUGCCGAUGAGGACGAUGAACCCAAGCCUGCGCCUAAGCCCAAGAACCCCCUAGACCUGCUCCCCCCCUCCCCCAUGGUCAUGGACGACUGGAAGCGGUUGUACUCCAACACGAAAGUCAAGGACUUCAGAGAGGUGGCCAUCAAAGGUUUCUGGGCCAGCUACGACCCCGCGGGCUACUCCCUCUGGUUCUGCGAGUACAAGUACACGGAGGAGAACACCGCGUCGUUCAUGACGAUGAACAAGGUCUCCGGUUUCCUGCAACGCAUGGACUUUGUGCGGAAGCACGCAUUCGCCAAGAUGGCCAUUCUGGAGGAGAAGGCGGGCGGGCCGUUCCACAUCAGCGGGGUGUGGCUCUUCCGGGGGACCGAGAUCCCCAAGCAGGUCCUCGACGAGUCGUACGAUAUGGAGCUCUACGACUGGGCCAAGGUCGACGUCAACGACUCUGAGCAGAAGGAGCGGGUGAACGACCUCCUGGAGGAGCCCGACACGAUCGACGGGAAGACGGUGGUCGAGGUCAAGUGCUUCAAGUAAACCGGCUGCCACAGCGAGUUCUGCGCGAGUCUUGAAGAAUACACGGAGUAAGCCCGACAGCUUAUGGUGCUGUCGAUUGGAGGAGUUUUGACGAUAGGAACACUGUAGCCGAGCGUGCGUUUCUGCCUUUCUGCCUGGUCCUCUUCGAUUGACAGCCAGAAAGGCUGUCUUGUCAACCAAGGACGAGCACUUGAAUGAUGCGAACACAGGAGUCCUUGGUGCUUCCAGGAAAAUCUGGUACGUCAUGGCACCUCUGUGGCAUGUAAGUGAGAAUCCGUCGUUUGAGUGCACAACAGACCCGCUGGGGUCAGAUGCUGGCCCGAUAGCCAUGCCAGCGCGCGCUUGAUUGCGAUCCCAGGAUUGCAGUGGGUACUGACAGUAUUCCAUGGGUCCGCUGUAAAGAUCCGCUGUAAAUUGCAUGAUCUAGCACUGCGAG